AUGAAGAAAGAACUGAAGAGCAAGGCGUUCUGGCGUGCUAUUCUAGCUGAGCUGCUCGGCAUGACCUUGUUCAUAUUCCUCAGUAUCUCGGCUGUCAUAGGGAACAAAAAUAAUUCAGAUCCUGACCAAGAGGUGAAGGUGGCCUUGACUUUUGGGCUGGCAAUAGCCACUUUGGUUCAAGCCCUGGGCCCAGUCAGUGGAGCUCACCUCAAUCCAGCAGUCACCUUGGGGAUGCUGGCCUGCUGUCAGAUCAGUGUGUUCAGGGCCAUGAUGUACAUCGUGGCGCAGAUGGUGGGGGCGACGCUGGCCACUGGCAUGGUGUAUGGAGGGAGGCCUGAAAACAGCUCCACGCUGGGACUUAACAGUCUAAAUAACAUCACUCCGAGUCAAGGUGUUGCCAUUGAGCUUGUGGCCACGUUCCAGCUGGUGCUGUGUGUCAUAGCGACCACAGACAAACGGCGCACUGACAUCUCAGGCUCAGCCCCCCUUGCUAUAGGGCUGUCAGUGUGCCUGGGACACCUUUCUGUAAUAAGCUUUACUGGAUGCGGGAUGAACCCUGCACGAUCUUUUGGCCCAGCUGUUCUUCUGGGUAACUUCGAGAACCACUGGGUGUAUUGGGUGGGUCCGAUGUGUGGAGGGAUGACAGCUGCACUCGUUUAUGACUUUCUCCUCAACCCCAAAUUUGACGACUUCUCAGAGCGCAUGAAGGUCCUGGUUAGUGGCCCAGGUGGAGAAUAUGACCCAGAAGAACCGGGCACAGUUGCAGCACCCUCAAAGUAA